AUGUAUUUUAUCUUUGGAGCCUCAUUUCUCCGGGGGUUUGGAAACUUCUUAAUUUCGAAUGACAAUCCAAGAGACCAAGCAAGGAGGAGAGUGAGACAAAGGCCUGACGAUGCGGAAACAGAACCCCCCGUGAUUCCUACCGAAGAUGAGUUACCGAUGAAUCCUUAUAAUGUUGCCAUGCGUCGUUAUCAAGACAAUUUGGGAAGAGGUAUUAAUUACACCAAUAUGCACCUCGAUCUUAUGAUACAACACAUGAACAUCCAACGCCCGAGCGAGUAUCCGGUCUCAUACCCAUACAUCCUAGCUUGGGACGAGCUUUGGGUGGAACAACAUGGAGGAGCCGACGGAAGUGGAUGA